AUCAGCCUCUCCUUGUUUAUACUGCCUUGGCUGCAGUAAACAAGGAAACGAUCAAUAGGCACAUCCUGUUCCUCGAUCUUUGUUGAUAGAGAAACACAUUUCCCUAUGGAAAGGGAGGCGCGCCCUCUCGAAAGAGAAAGUAUUGACUCUGUAACUUUUAGUUUCCUAUUACUGACAGGGAGACGAUGUCUUCGUCUUUACUGUCCGUGACCGACACUGACCCUCUUGACAGGUGUCCGGGACGAACUUCGCCGUGACAUGGGCAUGGCACAGCACACCGAGCUGGUGGCGCAUCGUGAGAGAGACGUAUGGAAACCGAGCGAGGACUACAAAGACAGAAUAAACGAAAGCGCGGUCCUUGCCUUCAGUCGCAUGGAAUACACAGAUACAGGAUUGUAUGAGCUCACAUGCGGCGUUCGGUUCCAACGGUUCCAACUGCAGGUCGUUCUAGCAUCUGAAGUAUUCGCCACCGAGGGGGGUAACGCCAUACUCCCAUGCUACAUUACAGGGGAACAUGAAGUGAUAAAGUGGAGCAGAGGUCGAGAGAUCGUGCUGGAGGUGAAUCUCUCCUCAGGAGAGACCAAAUAUGGGCCGGGAUUUAAUAAGAGAAUGUCUCUAUCACCUGAUGGCAAGAAGAAAAGAAACUGGGCGCUGAUUCUCGAACCGGUUCUGCCGGAGGAUGGAGGGGAUUACUUUUGCUCAUUCCACCAAAACGGCGCGGAGGAAGGACGGGGAGACCCCCCUGCUGUGAGGAUGAGGGUAGCAGAGAGAACCCGGAAUCAGACCACCGGCUGCCCGUCUCUGAAUACGUCAGAGAGCGUCCCACAAGAGACAGCAAUGCAACACUGGGCGGUGUUCGGCAAAGUAGCUGUGGCCAUUGGGUCCAUUAUUCCUCUUAUUCUGCUCAUUCUGCUUGUCUGGUGGGUGAAGUCCCGACAUUCAGAUGCGUCUCCUCCUCAAGCCAACGGAUGCUCCCCGUUAAUGGACGCUCGCGCAGAGUCCCCGGUCUGA